UAUCUUUCCCUCUCUCUGUCAUUAUCUCUCUGUUUCUUUUUUGCUUUCACAUGACAUAAUCCUGGCAAAAUGGCGCCUCCGAUGACACCUCCCACUGUUGCUGGGAGCAGUGGUCCGGCUUCAGACUCGAGCCAGCAACUGUCCAGCACGAAUGAUGAUUCCAGUGUUGGCCCAAAGGUGUGGGAGCGACCUUGGACUAUUGAGGAAAUCAAAGCUGCUGCAGGAAAAUGGUCCCUUGCUGGUGAUGCUGGUCUGCUGCUCCAUCUGCAGAACUUCUCCCAGACUAUUUUAUCAAAGACUCAUGAGAUUGAGAACCAGGUGAACAAACUCGUCAAUGAAACUAAGAGCACCGGAGUCAAAGUGAAUAAUGUCUUCAAUGAUUUCAUUAUGCUGGCCAACUCACAGUUUGUGGAAAACCGUGUUUAUGAUGAUGAUGUCAGUGGAAAAGAAACUACAACAAACAACAAUAAGGAACCAGAAAUGAGUAAAGAAGAAAGAGAAGUAAUGAUGGUCCAGAAAAUUGCUCAAGCUGUCAAUUCAGGUCUGAAUGUUAUUGAUGAGUCAUUUGAAAAACUUGAUACCAAUGCUGGGAACUCUGAGUCAGAAGAUGAUGAUGCUACCUAUACUGUGGAUCCAAUCUUUGAAGCAAAGGAUCCUUACAUUCAUCGGCCACUUCCAUUCCUAAUUGGUAGCAAUGAUUUCAUGCGAGAUGACAAUGUUGGACUCAUAGAGAUUUUCUCAGAAGAAGAUGAUGGUGAAACUGACCACGGCAGCUUGAGUGAUGACUCCGAACCUGAGAAGGGUAAACUGGACCAGAUUGAAUCUGAGUACACUGAUGAAGAUAUGGACUAUGAUGAUACUGCCCCUCCAUCCAAGAGGAAGAGCACCAGGGCAACUGAGUCAACCUAUGAUUCAGAGGACAGUGACGGUGAUUUGUUUGGAACUAAAGAUUCCCAAAGUGGAUCUGACGAUGAGGAAGACGACAGCUUUGAGAAGAAGAAGAAGCCGCCAAAAGUUGACCGCAGUUUUAGCGACGAAGAUGAAGAUGAGGAAGAGGAGGAGAAUGAAGACAAAGGAAGUACUCCUGAGAAGCCUUUCAACAAAAGUAGUCUCCAGGCUGAGCUUGCGGCCAGACUAGGAGUUCCAGAAAGAAAAGAUUCAACUGCCAGUAAUUCACAAAAAAAGAGAACAAAAUCCAGAAAGAACACUGUUAAGGAACCUACACCAGCCAUAAACCAUUUUGGUGGUUUUCCUGAAGAAGAUAACUCAGCCUUUGAUGUGUUCCCUGCUAAAAAGGGUCUCUUUUCUGAUAAUGAUAAUGAAGAGGGUGGGCUUUUUGACGACAUUCCACGUAAACCUUCCAUAGAUCAGUCUAGAAAAACACCACCAUCUCAUGGCUUCAGUGAUGACGAAAUUGAUGAUCUAUUUUCACCAACCAAUACAAGCAGCAGUUCUCAGAAACCAAAGAGCCAUAGAUCUAGUAUUGUGUCAGCCACCUCUGAAAAAGGUCUGUUUGAUGAUGAUGAUGAUGAUGAUGAAGGGGUGGAGGAUAAGAAUGCUGCUUUAUUUACCAGUAGUGGCUUCAAAUCCCAACCAAAAGAUGAUUUACCAAAAUCUAAGCCAGUGAGCAACCUAUUUGAAGACAAUGAUAGUGAGGCCAGCGAUGAUGGAGAUUUGUUUAGUAAUAUUACUGCAAAGAAACCAAUUGAAACAAAGCAGACUGGAGACGAAAGGGAUUCAGUCAAUCGCAAAAUGUCUGUCAACAACUCGAAGCCUGUUCGGUCUGAAUCCUCAACAUCAUCCUUGCUAAGCAAACCUUCUGAGACAGUAAAGCAUAGUCCACUUCAGUCCAGUGACAGCCUCUUUGCUGACAAUAACGAUGACGACCUUUUCCUUUCAAACCCUGUGCCCAACACACAGAAAAGCAAAGCAAAAAGCUCUGAUUUCUCCCUAUUUGAUGAUGAUGACGAUGAUGAUGACCCCAUAUCUGAUGUAUUCAAUAAAUCUACAAAGAAGCCAUCAGUUCCAGAACCAUCCAUUGCCAAGACAACAGAUAAGCCUGAAAAAUCUGACCUGUUUGAUUCCAGUGAAGAUGACUUUGUCUCUUCGAAACCCAAGGACAAUGUGAAGAAGAAGCCAGUUGGCGGUGUGUCCAUAUUUGGAGGUGCAGAUUUAUUUUCAAGCAAACUUCUUGCAAAAGACAAAAAGAAAGAAGAGAAGCCAGAUGAGCCAGCACCAGCUCCUGCAAGAAAGUCUACGACAUUGUCUCUCUUUGAUAAUGAUGAGGAGGAGGAUGAUGAUUUCUUCAACUCUGUGUCCAAGCCAUCACCUUCUUCACAGUCUUCAGACAGUAGUACUACUACUGCUACUACCACAUCCACACCUGGAAGCUCUUACAGUAGCAAAACAACGACUGUGGUGUCGACAACUAAAGUUCGAACUAAAUCACUAUUUGAAGAUGAAGACAUUUUGUUUAGAUCUUCUGAAGAAAAUCCAACGGUUGACCUAUUCAGCUCCCAAGGACCCUUGGCAUCAAAGAAGAAUGAGCAACAAACUUCAGAACGAAAGGAGUCCAGUUCUGAUUUAUUUGCAGACGAUGGUUCCACAUCAGUGGAGAAGAGUAGUAUUAAAAUAACAGAAACUAUACAACAAACCUCUGUCCGAAAGCCCAUUGGUGGGGUUUCAAUAUUUGGUGGAAUUGACUUCUCAGAAAUUAAAAAGAAGAAAAAGUCAGACGGUGAGGAAGUCUUCACAGAAAACACUGUAUCAGUUAAUGUUGAAGAAAAGUCAACAACCAAAGCUCCAGCUCCUCCUGUCAAACCAAAGAAGAUUUUAAAAAUUCAGUCCGAUUUAACAGAUGGCCUCGAUGCAGAACCAGAUAUUCCUCCGCUUGUGCCACCAACCAGCUUUGGUAACGAAGAACCACAAUCCUCUUCUGUAUCAUUUGAUGAACCUGCCUCUGCCCAGCCCCUAGAAAGUGCCACAAAGAAGCGAGCCCGUAUCCAGCUGAAGCGGCGACCACCCACACGGAAAUCCAGGCCAGUCACUGCAUCAGACUUGGACACCGAUACUCCUUCUGUCACCUCUCCACAGACUGCUGCUCCUUAUUUGGAAUCAGUAACAUCCCCUCUCUCUCCUGACACUGCCUCCUCCACUGCAGCCGACCCCUUUGGCGUGAUGUCAGCACCAGCCAUCUUCCCAGACAAAGACCCAUUCCAGUACAAUGAUGUAGGAGUGACCACAACAACGACAACAGCAAAAAGCACAGUUGACGGCAGUGAACCCCUUUCGACUGCUCCCUCGCAACCCACAUCCACGUCGAAGCCCCUUGACACAAGCGCCAACACCGAAAAGGAACUGGUGAGCAGCAUGGAGAAAAGCCUGUCUUUGAAAUCCUCUAACAUCAAAGAUGACGAUGAUGACGACUUAUUUGGGUCAAGCACAAAGACCACAUCAUCAACCGUUACCAGCUCAUCAGUGUCAACAAAAGGCGGUAAGACAACACUGUUGACAUCCACCACUACAACCACCAAGACAUCCAGUGCCUCUGCUAACACUAGUGCCAUCUUUGACGACGACGAUUCUGAUAUCUUUGCUGAUUCAGAUUUGCUGCUGAACAAAAAGAAAGACAAAAAACCCGGUUUAGCUGAUGACCUUGAUGACAUCUUUGCCUCCAGCUCCCUGAAAACUAAGUCGAACACCAAAAAGGAGGUCAGUAGCAAAAUAAAGAAGAACGUCACAGAGGAGGCUAAUAUAUUUGAAGACAACACGGACAUCUUUUCCGAUAUCCCUGCAGCAAAACCCAAAGAGAAGAAAACAACUGUGAUGAAAACCAAGCCAUUAUUUAAAGAAGACAUUGAUGAUAUUUUUGGCGGCGACAGCUUGCUACAAGGCAGCAAGAAAGUGGACAAAACUGUUACUGUGAAGAAGGUUGAAGAGAAGACGAAAGUUGAGAAAGUUAGCUCCCCUCUAUCGUCAUCGCUGCUGUCAUCUCAGAAGCCUACAUCCAUAUUUGAUGAUGACAACGAUGACGACGACUUGUUUGAUGAUCCACUCAACAUAAAGAAACAGUGACCAUUUGUUGUUGAUGAUAAUUAUGAGUGAUCGGUUGAUUUAUUGAUGAUCCUGUCAACAGAACUUUUAAUAUUGACCGUAGGUCAAGCGCUGGAAGAGGCAGGACAUGUUUUUAAUUGUUUAAGUUAUGAAUCAUGCAAAUAUAUAUAAUAUAUUUUAAACAAAAAGA